CGCGGGCCGUUUCCGCGCACCGAGGCCUGCGAGGGUUCCCCGGGUGCACGUGGAGCGCCGUACUCGCGCGGAGCCCGUUUUCGGCACCAUGGGGCGCAAGUUGGACCCUACAAAGAAGGCGAAGCGCGGGCCUGGCCGAAAGGCCCGAAAGCAGAAGGGUGCGGAGACGGAGCUCCUCCGGUUCUUGCCUGCAGCUGAUGACGAAAAUUCUAAGAGACUAUCCAGUCGUGCCCGAAAGAGGGCAGCCAAGAGGAGGUUGAGCUCUGCUGAAACUCCCAAGACAAAUAAGCCUCCUGGGGCCAAGUCCUUGCCCAGAAAGCUCCCCAAAGGAGCUGUGCAGACUCCUGGUAAGAAGGGAGCGCCCCCAUCAUUUGACACUGCUCGGGGCAAGAAGCGGCCAGCACCAGCCCACAGCAGCGAUGAGGAAGAGGAGGAGGAAGAGUCUGAAGAGGAUGGUGUGGAGAACCAGGGGGGCCUCUGGGACUCAGAGGACAGUGAUGCUGAUGUCAUAGACGACUACGGGGCCGACUCCGGCUCAGAGGGAGAGGAUGAAGAUGAAGAGUUGCUGCCCAUUGAAAAAAUGGCUCGGAAGCAGAAGGCCCAGGAAGCUGCGGGGGGCCAGUGGAGUGAGGAAGAUUCUGAUGAAGAGGAGGAAAUGGCCACUGCAUCAGGUCCCACAAAGGAGCAGGAAGCCGACUCCAGCCUGCAGAUCAACGUGGAAGAGGAGGAGCCCUUUGUGCUUCCCCCUGAUGGGCAGAUGGAGCAGGAUGCCCAGGCCCCAGACCUGCAGCGAAUUCACAAGCGCAUCCAGGACAUUGUGGGCGUACUGCGUGAUUUUGGGGCCCAGCGGGAGGAAGGUCGGUCUCGGGCUGAGUACCUGAGUCGUCUUCGGAAGGACCUGGCCACUUACUACUCCUACGGGGACUUCCUGCUUAGCAAGCUCAUGGACCUCUUCCCUCUGUCUGAGCUGGUGGAGUUCUUAGAGGCCAAUGAGGUGCCUCGGCCCGUCACCCUCCGGACCAACACCUUGAAAACCCGCCGCCGAGACCUGGCCCAGGCGCUGAUCAAUCGUGGGGUUAACCUGGACCCCUUGGGCAAGUGGUCAAAGACUGGACUAGUGGUGUAUGAUUCUUCAGUGCCCAUUGGUGCUACCCCUGAGUACCUGGCAGGGCACUACAUGCUUCAGGGGGCCUCCAGCAUGUUACCUGUCAUGGCCCUUGCCCCCCAGGAACACGAGCGGAUCCUUGACAUGUGUUGUGCGCCAGGAGGGAAGACCAGCUACAUAGCCCAGCUGAUGAAGAACACGGGUGUGAUCCUUGCCAAUGAUGCCAACGCCGAGCGGCUCAAGAGUGUUGUGGGCAACCUGCACCGGCUGGGGGUCACCAACACCAUCAUCAGCCACCACGAUGGGCGUCAUUUCCCCAAGGUGGUUGGGGGUUUUGACCGAGUACUGCUGGACGCUCCCUGCAGUGGCACUGGGGUCAUCUCCAAAGACCCGGCUGUGAAGACAAACAAGGACGAGAAGGAUAUCCUACGCUGUGCCCACCUUCAGAAGGAGUUGCUGCUGAGUGCUAUCGAUUCUGUCAACGCCGCCUCCAAGACAGGCGGCUACCUCGUCUACUGCACCUGUUCUGUCAUGGUGGAAGAGAACGAGUGGGUGGUGGACUAUGCCCUGAAGAAGAGGAACGUGCGGCUGGUGCCCACAGGCCUAGACUUUGGCCAGGAAGGCUUUACCCGCUUUCGGGAAAGGCGCUUCCAUCCUAGUCUGCGUUCCACCCGGCGCUUCUACCCUCACACCCACAACAUGGAUGGCUUCUUUAUCGCCAAGUUCAAGAAAUUUUCCAACUCUAUCCCCCAGUCCCAGCCAGGAGAUUCUGCCACAGCCACGCCUGCAGGCCUAGGCUUGUCUGACGCGAAGGGUCAGGCCGCCCCCAGGUCUGAGAGCAGCAGCCAGCCGGCCCCGAAGGCUGCAAAGGCAAAGCAGCAGGCGCAGAAGCGGCAACAUCCCAAGAAGCUCAACGGCAUCGCCAAAAGGGCAGGCGCGGAACUGGCCGCUGCACCUUCGGGCACAAAGGCCCAGGCCUCCCCCAAGCUCAAGGAGAACCGUCAGCCAGCUGAGAAAGCUGACGGGAUCAGGGAGCCGGAGGUGAGAGGGCAGCCCAAGCGACCGGUGCGUAAACGGCAGACCCCCAAGAAGGGCGCCACCCUGAAGCAGAACGCCCCUCCCAAGGGCACGGACACAGAAACACCUGCCGUGCCCGCCUUCUCCAAGCCCAAGGAUGGCGCUCAGCCCCUUGGGAAGGCCAGAGGGGCCAAGAGGCUCAAGCAGCAUUUGCAAGAGCAGUCUUUGAAGAAGGCUCCCGUCCAGACUCAGAAUGGCACCGCCGAGGGACCUCCGGUUCCCACCGCACCUUCCCUCACUUCCAGCCGGCCCCCACCUGCAAAAAGGAGGAGAUCUCGGUCUAGGGGCCACAGCCAGCCCCUGCUGGCCUAGACAGAUGCCCGCGAACCACACUGGGCUGACUCGCUGCCGUGGGCACGGGGCUGGAACUUUUUCCUCUGCGAGGAUGGCGUCCCCACUGCGCACGCUCAUGAAAUUAUAUGCAUUUCACA